AUGCCUGAAGACAGAAAUGCUGGCGUCCGCAGCCCAGGUGCCUUAGCAGCAGCUCCUUUCAUUCCUAAAACUACCUAUAGGAGAAUUAAGCGGUGUUUUAGUUUCCGUAAAGGUAUUUUUGGGCAGAAGCUGGAAGACACUGUUCGAUAUGAAAAGCGAUAUGGGAACCGCCUGGCUCCUAUGUUGGUGGAGCAGUGCGUGGAUUUUAUCCGACAGCGGGGGCUGAAGGAAGAAGGCCUCUUCCGACUGCCUGGGCAGGCUAAUCUUGUCAAGGAGCUACAGGAUGCAUUUGACUGUGGAGAGAAGCCGUCUUUUGACAGCAAUACAGAUGUGCACACCGUGGCAUCACUGCUUAAGCUGUACCUAAGGGAACUCCCAGAACCAGUCAUACCGUAUGCAAAAUACGAAGAUUUUCUUUCCCAUGCCAAAAUGCUCAGCAAAGAGGAAGAAACGGGCCUGAAAGAACUGGUGAAGCAAGUGAAGAGCCUGCCAACUGUCAACUAUAAUCUGCUGAGGUAUAUCUGUAGGUUCCUUGAUGAAGUCCAGUCUUAUUCAGGUGUAAACAAGAUGAGUGUGCAAAAUCUGGCUACCGUUUUUGGCCCCAACAUCCUUCGCCCCAAAGUGGAAGAUCCUCUGACUAUCAUGGAGGGUACAGUAGUAGUCCAGCAGCUAAUGUCAGUGAUGAUUAGCAAACAUGAAGAGCUCUUUCCCAAGGAUGCUGACUCUCAGAUGGGACCUGAGGUUUGCCACAACAACAAUGAAAUACCAAAGAAAGCUAUCGUGGGGCAGCUACAGAACAAAGAGAACAACAACACCAAGGAGAUGGCAGUGAGGCGCUGCUCUUGGGACAAACCUGAGUCUCCCCAAAGGGGAAGCAUGGACAGUGAGUCUCCAACUGCUCUGCCAGGAAGCAAGACAAAUAGCCCCAGGAACAGCAUCCAGAAAUUAGAUGUCACCAGAAGUCCACCACUCAUGGUGAAAAAAAAUCCUGCUUUUAAUAAAGGCAGUGGCAUAGUCACCAAUGGGUCCUUCAGCAGCUCUGUGGAGGGCCCUGAGAAGAGCCAGACCUUACCAAACUGUACCCUGCAAACCCGGAGAACGUCAUCCCUGAAAGGAGCGGUGACGAAGAUGGGCACACACAGCGUGCAGAACGGGAGUGUGCGGAUGGGUGUUUCGAGCACAGACGGGCAGAGCAACACCCUCAGCAGCCGGACCCCGGGCUGGGUGCCCAAUGGCUACGUCACACUGAGGGACAGCAAGCAGAAGGACUCGGUGAGUGAGUCGGGCCAGCACAACAGGCUUUCCACCUACGACAAUGUCCACCAGCAGUUCUCGAUGGUGAACUCUGAUGACAAACAGAGCGUGGACAGUGCCACUUGGUCAACUUCCUCUUGUGAAAUAUCUCUCCCUGAGCACUCCAACUCCUGUCGUUCAUCCACCACCACCUGCCCUGAGCAGGACUUUUAUGCGGGUAACUUUGAAGACUCUGUGCUGGAUGGACCACCACAUGAAGACCUCUCUAACCCAGACGACUAUGAGAACAAAAGUGACAUAAGGAGUGUGGGCGGCCACAGCAGCCGAGCCACCAGCAGCAGUGAUAACAGUGAGACGUUUGUGGCCAACAGUACCAACAAUCACAGUGCUUUGCACAGCCUGGUGUCCAGCUUGAAGCAAGAGAUGGCCAAGCAAAAACUAGAGUAUGAGACAAGGAUAAAAAGGUAA